GUAUUUGUGGAGCAAACGUUGGACUGUGAUGCAAUUGUCGUGUUUUUUUGUUGAGUGAGAGAAAGUGAAAGUUGCGCUUGACUCUCUGUGGAUACGCAACAUCACAGCAACUUCACGCCUUUGCAUGCUGAAUGUGGACCCAAUCCAAAAGGUCAACCAGCAGCAACAACAAACACGUGAUCCACAAGGGAAGUGCGUAGGGGAGCAGGGAAAAGAGCGGCCAAUGUGCACGCGACUUGAAAGUUGCGCGCGUAACUGGGCCACAGCCAGUCUAACCUCAAAGCGGUCCCAAAUUAUUCCACAGCGAGCUGAGCCAUGAAUCGCAUGGCGCCCAGUUCGGGUUGGAGCAUUCUGCCCUUUCGGGUCUCCACCACAACAAAAGUGGUGCUCUUCUCGCUGACUGCCGGUGUGGCGCUGAUGGGCGUCCUCUCGCGUUUCCUGCGGCGCCGGAAGCCGCCGCGUCCACAGCGACGGGUGCGCAAAUAUACCGGACGACGGACACGGAACAGCAUGCGCAGUCCCAAUGAUUUGGUAUCGAUAGCCGGCUCCAAGGCAUCGGCACGUUCAGGCAGUCCCGUUGGCUCCACCGUCGCCUAUUCGGAUCGUUUGUCACUCGCCUCGGGCUCCAUUGGCGCUGGCGCUCAGAAUCAGCCGACGACGGUUGGCGUUGGGAUUGGCAUUGGUGCGGCUGGUGUCGUUACACAGCUGACGGCACAGCAGCUGGGCGUGAUGGGCAUGGAGGCGCUGGACACGGUGAUUAACUUUUGGGAGGAUGCACUGGCCGCACAUUAUUCCCCGGGCGGUAUGCCCGCCUCGCUGACAACGGCCGAGGAUUCGGAGUUCUGUCGUGAGAUCCAGAAUUUGCUGGAAAUGUCAUAUACGCUGCAGGAGCAGAGCGAACUCCUCUUUCUCGAUCAGCGGUCGGUGCUGUUUCGCGAGGAACAUUCCAUAGACGAAGCCGAGGAGGAUGGCAUGGCUGCGGCGACGGGGGCCAUUGGUGACGAUGACGAUGAUCGACGCUCCCGCAAAUCGGGCAGCGUUUUGAGUCGCACCGGUUCCGAUCCCAAUUUCGAUUCGGCAGAGAGUUUCGCCUCGGCCCUGGACCAGGUGGCCGAUCUGCGAGAAUUCGAGUCGUUUAUUGAGACGGCGUACGAGGAGUAUCCGCUGUUUCAGACGGCGCUCAAGCAUCAUGAUGAAUACACAGUGCCCUGUCGUACAAUACGAUCGGAGCUGAUGCACUGCAGCAGCGACACCGAAUAUCUGGCGAAGCUGCACUGUGUACGGCUCGCCUUUCAAUUUCUAUUCAAAGAUCCGGCGGUGGGCCAAUGGAUCUGCGAUGCGGGCAGACAGAUACUGACCGAUCUGUUGUGCCUGAGCGACAAGGAUACCAAAGAGUUCCUUGUCGGCUACGAGGAUAUGGUGAACUUCCUGCACGAGCCCAGCAAUUGGCCGUGCAUCCAAAUGGAGCUGGAGCAGCGCAACGUCAAGGCAAUGACAUUCUACGACAUUUGCCUCGACUUCAUCAUACUGGACUCGUUCCGUGACUUGGAUGCGCCACCAGCCAGCGUUACGGCUGUCGUCCAGAAUCGUUGGCUCUCCAAUGGCUUCAAGGAGACGGCACUCACGACGGCUGUGUGGUCGGUGCUGAAGGCCAAGAAGCGUAUGCUGAAAUAUCAGAAUGGUUUUAUGGCGCACUUCUAUGUCAUAUCGGAGCAGAUAUCGCCGCUGAUGGCCUGGGGCUUCUUCGGCCCCAAUGAGAAUCUGCGGGAUAUUUGCCAUUACUUUCGGGAGCAGCUGCUCGCAUUUCUCGCUGACAUUUAUAGCUUCCAGAAGAGUCGCUUCACCACCAUCGAGGACUUUUCGCAGGAUGUGCUCAAGCACAUGCAGACGCGUGUCAACAAUAUUGGCGUCAAGUUUAGCCAGUAGAGGUGCACACACAGAGAGAGAGUGAGAUAGAGAGAAACAGAGAGAGAGAGAGAGAGACAGAGCACAAGGGAUAUUCAUGCUUGAAAUGAUGAAUGAUGAAUGGAUUCGGCAGGCCAAAGUUUUGGUUUAUGUUUGAUGGCAAUCAAAUUCAAAUCACUUCAUGCCACACACACACACACACAUGUUGACUAAUUUUAAAGCCACCUACACACAUACACACACACACACACACACGCUUGUACACAUGGACAUUGACAUUUAUGAUUAAGAUUAAAGUCGCCAAAAACAUUUGUAAAAUAAAACUGUUUACUUGACUAUCA